GUUCAACUAGUGGCCCACUUUGUUGUAUGAGGAGCAGCAGCAGCAGCAGGAGGAUCCGGAUCAGUGUCGGUCUGCAGCCGGAGGGGCCAGGCGGCUUGGGGACGUCGGUCGGUCGGUGCUUCGGCGGAGGACCCUCACCCACUGCAGUGUGUCCGUCAUCAUGGAGUUCUUACUAGGGAAUCCGUUCAGCACGCCGGUGGGCCAGCGGAUCGAGAGUGCGACUGGCUCCAGUUUACCGUCUGAAGACUGGGCACUCAACAUGGAGAUCUGCGACAUGAUUAACAGCUCAGAGGAAGGACCCAAAGAUGCAGUCAGAGCCAUAAAGAAAAGGAUUGUGGGGAAUAAGAACUUCAAGGAGGUCAUGUUGGCGCUGACUGUCUUGGAGACUUGUGUCAAAAACUGUGGCUACAGGUUUCACAUCCUGGUGACGACACGAGAUUUCAUAGAGGGGGUUCUGGUCCGGUCGAUCAUACCGAGGAACAACCCUCCCCUGGUGCUGCACGACAGGGUGCUCAGCAUUGUUCAGGCGUGGGCUGAUGCAUUCCGCAGUUCACCCGACCUGACGGGUGUGGUGUCAGUGUAUGAAGACCUGCGAAGAAAAGGACUGGAGUUUCCCAUGACAGAACUAGAUGGAUACACUCCUGCGCAAGCCCCAAAACAGACUUUGCCUGCGAAUGGGCCUGCUGUCACUACUCUGCAUGCUGGACUCAUAUCCACCAAACGCCCACUGCCCCAGAGCACUGAACUCAAACACACCAAAGAGGGAAGCACUGCCUUCACUCCCAGCCAGGUGAAAAAGCUGAAGGCAGAGCUGGAAGUGGUGCGAAGCAACUUAACCAUGAUGUCAGACAUGAUGAGUCAGCUCGAUCCGGUCACGGUAAAACAGGCAGACAUGGAGCUGCUGGAGUUAUACACAGUUUGUAAGGAAAUGCAAGACAGGAUAGUGAAGGCUGUGCCCAGACUCAGUGAGGAAAAACUGAUUGAAGAGCUGCUGGCAACAAAUGAUGAGAUGAACACUGCCUUCACCCGCUACCACAGGUUUGAGAAACGAAUAACAAACGGUCAAAACUCAACACAAAAGAGCCAUACGUAUGUCAACCUAAUGGAUCUCCCAGACUCAGGGGCUGCAUCUGCGACCAGCGACAGCUCACAGAGCCUGUCGAAAUCUGCCAGUUUGUCCAGUCAGAUGGCGAGACUCAGUACAAGUGAAGCAGAAGACAUCAAUGCAUUGUUACAGAAAGCAAGUGAGCAGAGUGAAGUAGAUGGCCUGGCUCAAGCUCAGGGCAACAGACUACACACUGGAACGGACGACAGCCCAGCCUCCACCUGCAGCUCGUCUCCAAAGUUAGAUUGGAUGAUUAAAAGGGGAAUGAUUCCUAUCAACCAAUCAACUGUUAUGGAUGAUAUAGAGAAAUGGUUGGAUCUGGAUGAUGAUUAUGAGGACUAUGAGGACACAGAUGGUGUGACCAGUGAAGAGUUCGACAAGUUUUUGGCAGAAAGAGCUAAAGCAGCAGAGCGGCUGCCAUCGCUGAGCGCUUCCUCACAUGACAUCAACCACUCUGAGUCCUGAGUCCACGCCACACUCCACCAGACUAACAGCAUUCAUACAGCUGCUGCGCCAUCGGCUGACAGAUGGAGGUUUUGUUUUGCAGAAUGGUUAAAUGGCACAUUUUUGACAUGGGAACUGAACCCAUUAAGAACAAAGGGCAUCAUAAUGUGUAAAGUACUCUCCACUGGGGGGUAAAUGUGUUUUUUAACUGAUCUAAAUAAUGUUAUGUGAUGAAGGAAAAGGGUUUUUACUUGAUGUGGUUAUGAAUGAGUUAUCCAUGUGUAAUGCAAACAUUUGCACAUUUUAUAUUGUUACAUUCCUGCUGUUGAUGAAGAAAGGAUAUUGUUACUGAAAACAGUUUUACAACAAAGAGUAUGUAUUAUAUGGUUGUGAUAUAUGGUAUAUAUUGUCAAAUCUCAUGAUGAGCUGUGGGACAGGACCCUCUUAUAGUAGCAAGGUUGUAAACUUAAACUAAACUCAGCUAUUACAUAAUGGACUAGUUUGAUACUUGUUGCUACAUCAUUGUUGAUGUAGAUUGCAAAUCAAAUGGGAUUUUACAUCCAACAUUCCCCUGUGACAGUGUUUUACUUGAAGGUUUUAACUGAAGCUCAUGACAGAAUACUGACUUGUAUUAAACUAAAACGAUUAACUGCAAA